ACCAAUAAUGGGGGCGUCUCAUUUAUCGCUUUCUGCGGCUUCUUGUUACUCCCAUUUCUAAUACAUAAAAUAUUUUUUCUGUCUUUAUUUUUUUAAUCAUAAACAAACUUUUAAAUCGCGAUUUUUAAACGAAGUCCAAUGUAGAAGUCAGUAAAUAACAAAGAUAAUUUUAACCAUAUUGCAAUUAGAAGUAUUAAAAAAAAUUUAUGAAUUUUUCCCCCCUAAUAAAUUAUUCUUGCUCUGAUAAGCUGACUCAGAUAUAAUAACUAUUUGGCAGAUAUGACUGCAUCCCAGUUCAGCAAAGUCGAUGAAUAUGGGUUCGAAAGGCCAGAAGAUUUUGACUAUGCCAUGUAUGAAAAUUUCAUAUCCCAGUACCUGAAAAUAUUAGCUAAGCGGUCAAAAAAAUGGUCUACCAUCAUGGCCUCUGGAAAGUCCCUAAAAAAAUAUUCGGGCCUAAAAGCAGACAUCAGAAAAGGGAUUCCAAUCGAAUUUAGAGAAACGGUUUGGAUGAUUGUCAGUGGAGCCUAUGACGAACGUGAAGCAUGUGGUAGCAACUACUAUGUCGAACUGUUAGAAUCCUUCCACAACCCGACUGUUGCCGAAACAAUUAAAACAGAUUUACCUAGAACGUUUCCUGACAAUAUAUUCUUUAACGUUACCAAUGAACACCAACAGCAAUUGUACAGGGUGUUAAUAGCCUACGGACAGCAUAAUCCAACUGUAGGAUAUUGCCAGGGAAUGAAUUACAUUGCCGGAUUGCUAUUGCUUGUAACGAAAAAUGAAGAAUCUACUUUCUGGUUGCUGAAGGUUCUCUUAGAAAAAAUCUUACCUGAUUACUAUGGUCAGACCAUGGAAGGUCUUUUGACAGAUAUUGAAGUUAUUUCCGAGUUAGUAAGACUGAGGUACCCGGAUGUUAGUGCUCACAUGACAAAACUUGGUUUACCAUGGCCUGUUGUAACAACCAAAUGGUUUGUCUGUCUCUAUUGCGAAGUACUUCCUACUGAAACCGUAUUACGAAUAUGGGACUGUUUAUUCAACGAAGGUUCAAAAAUAUUGUUUAGAGUUGCACUAUCUAUAAUUGGGAUUCAUCGUGCUGAUAUUUUGGCUUGCGAUCAGUUCUCAGAUCUCAGCGAUUGCAUCAAGAACAUAACCAAAGGGCCUACUACUUUAUACUGCCAUAAAUUCAUGCAGGCGAUAUUCACCAUACCUGGCAAAUUAAGCAGUAAGGCGUUAACUAAAAUGAGGAACAACAUAGCCAAAUCACGCCACCUGAAGAACAAAGCUGAUUAAUUAGGUAAUUCUUUGUUCCCAUGAUAUAAUUAAUUAUAGUCUCUGAGCCUAAGUCAAAACUUUGUAACAAUUAAUUAUUUAUUUAAAAACAAUAUUUAUUAACUUGUAAAGUUGCUGUGAUAAAUAAAUUCGUUAAACGCUCAGGUCAUGUUUCAAGAUAGAUUUUCACCAGCACUUAUUGUUUGGAUGUACUGUCUUUGAAAUGUUUAUUACUUAAUUUUUAAUUUAUUAUAAUUUAUUCUACUUUUUUGACUUUUAAUGUUGAAUUGAAUUAGUUUGGAUUUGUUGUUAUAACGGAAUUUUCAAUUUGGAUCUUUCAGCCAUAGCAACAUAAGACUGUCUUAUCAGCAAUUUUGUAUUAUUAAAACUUUGUUAUUAAAAAAAAAAUUAAAAUCUAAUCACAGUUUAAUUCAGUGUAUUUAAAUAAAGAAUAUUUUGUGAGGAAUUUGGGUGAUUAUUAAAAAUUAACAUGGCUUGUAAUUUUUUUAAAUUUCAACAGUGCUGGUGAAUGUUGCAAAUGGUUCAAAUAGAAUUGUCUAGUCAGUUCCUGUCUUUACGAUUUUUCCCUCCGUUUCAACAAAAAAUCACGCUCAAUACUUUUGUUGAACUCUUGCCCACAUAUUGUCAUUACACAUUUUUUACCAAAAUAUAAAUGUUCGCUAAUGACAUUUGAUAAUUACUUAGUAUGGAGUAGUAUUGUUUAUUAUUUAUUAAAUCAAUUAUUUGUUCAGUAUCAUUUAUAAAUUAAAUUGG